CGCUGCGCGCGGGCGCGGGGGCGGGGCGCGGCGCGGCUCUCGCGGCUGCUGCCUGGGAGAGAGGCCGGGCAGGAGGUGCAGCGGCGCGGCUCUCAACCUGACGGGGAAGUGCCCCGGCGGUGGCCGCUGAGAGUACCCCGAGGCGGACGGACCGACGAACGACGGAGGCGGGGGCCGGGAGCCGAGUCGGGCGACCCAGAGAGCCAGCGGGUCAGGCUCAGCGUCGGCCGCUCUGUCGGUCCGCUGAAUGAAGUGCCCGCCCCGCUGAGCCCCGAUCCCGGCGCUUUCCCGCAAGAUGGACGGUUUCGCCGGCAGCCUCGAUGAUAGUAUUUCUGCUGCAAGUACGUCUGAUGUUCAGGAUCGCCUCUCAGCCCUGGAGUUACGAGUCCAACAACAGGAAGAUGAAAUCACUCUGUUAAAGGCAGCUUUGGCUGAUGUUCUGAGACGUCUUGCAAUCUCUGAAGAUCAUGUGGCCUCAGUGAAAAAAUCAGUCCCAAGUAAAGGCCAGCCAGGCCUUCGGGAAGCGAUUUCCAUGUCCUGUAUAACCAAUGGAAGUGGUGCAAACAGAAAACCAGGUCACUCAAGCUCUGUCUCAAUUGCAAGAAAAGAAACACUUUCAUCUGCUGCUAAAAGUGGUACAGAAAAAAAGAAAGAAAAACCACAAGGACAGAGAGAAAAAAAAGAGGAAUCUCAUUCUAAUGAUCAAAGUCCACAAAUUCGAGCAUCACCUUCUCCCCAGCCCUCUUCACAGCCUCUCCAAAUACACAGACAAACUCCAGAAAGCAAGAAUUCUACUCCCACCAAAAGUAUAAAACGACCACCAACAGCUGAAAAGUCACAUAACUCAUGGGAAAAUUCAGAUGAUAAUCGUAAUAAAUUACUGAGAACUCCUUCAACAUCAAAAUUAAUAUCAAAAGUUACUAAAAAUACAGACAAGCAUAAAGAUGUCAUCAUCAACCAAGCAAAAAUGUCAACCCGUGAAAAAAACAGCCAAGAAGGAGAAUAUAUUAAAAUGUUUAUGCGGGGUCGGCCAAUUACAAUGUUCAUUCCUUCUGAUAUUGACAACUAUGAUGACAUCAGAACAGAACUGCCUCCUGAGAAGCUCAAACUGGAGUGGGCAUAUGGUUAUCGAGGAAAGGACUGUCGAGCUAAUGUUUACCUUCUUCCUACUGGGGAAAUAGUUUAUUUCAUUGCAUCAGUAGUAGUACUAUUUAAUUAUGAAGAGAGAACUCAACGCCAUUACCUGGGUCAUACAGACUGUGUGAAAUGCCUUGCCAUACACCCUGACAAAAUUAGGAUUGCAACUGGACAGAUUGCUGGAGUGGAUAAAGAUGGAAGGCCCCUUCAACCCCACGUCAGAGUGUGGGAUUCAGUUAGUCUGUCCACACUGCAGAUUAUUGGACUUGGAACUUUUGAGCGUGGAGUAGGAUGUCUGGAUUUUUCAAAAGCUGAUUCAGGUGUUCAUUUAUGCGUUAUUGAUGACUCCAAUGAGCAUAUGCUUACUGUUUGGGACUGGCAGAAAAAAUCAAAAGGAGCAGAAAUAAAGACAACAAAUGAAGUUGUUUUGGCUGUGGAGUUUCACCCAACAGAUGCAAAUACCAUAAUAACAUGUGGUAAAUCUCAUAUUUUUUUCUGGACCUGGAGUGGCAAUUCACUAACAAGAAAACAGGGAAUUUUUGGGAAAUAUGAAAAACCAAAAUUUGUGCAGUGUUUAGCAUUCUUGGGCAAUGGAGAUGUUCUUACUGGAGACUCGGGUGGAGUCCUGCUUAUAUGGAGCAAAACUACUGUAGAGCCAACACCUGGGAAAGGACCGAAAGGUGUAUAUCAGAUCAGCAAGCAAAUCAAAGCUCAUGAUGGCAGUGUGUUCACACUUUGUCAGAUGAGAAAUGGGAUGAUAUUAACCGGAGGAGGGAAAGACAGAAAAAUAAUUCUAUGGGAUCAUGAUCUGAAUCCUGAAAGAGAAAUAGAGGUCCCUGAUCAGUAUGGCACAAUCAGAGCCGUAGCAGAAGGGAAGGCAGAUCAGUUUUUAGUAGGUACAUCACGAAACUUUAUUUUGCGGGGAACAUUUAACGAUGGCUUCCAAAUAGAAGUGCAGGGUCAUACAGAUGAGCUCUGGGGUCUUGCCACACAUCCCUUCAAAGACUUGCUCUUGACAUGUGCUCAGGACAGGCAGGUGUGCAUGUGGAAUUCAGUGGAACACAAGCUGGAAUGGACCAGGCUCGUAGAUGAACCAGGACACUGUGCAGAUUUUCAUCCAAGUGGCACAGUGGUGGCCAUAGGAACGCACUCAGGCAGGUGGUUUGUUCUGGAUGCAGAAACCAGAGAUCUAGUUUCUAUCCACACAGAUGGAAAUGAGCAGCUCUCUGUGAUGCGAUACUCAGUAGAUGGCACCUUCCUGGCUGUAGGAUCUCAUGACAACUUUAUUUACCUCUAUGUAGUCUCAGAAAAUGGAAGAAAAUAUAGCAGAUAUGGAAAGUGCACUGGACAUUCCAGCUACAUCACACACCUUGACUGGUCCCCAGACAACAAGAAUAUAAUGUCUAACUCUGGAGAUUAUGAGAUAUUAUACUGGGACAUUCCAGGCGGCUGCAAACUAAUCAGGAACCGAUCAGAUUGUAAGGACAUUGAUUGGACGACGUACACCUGUGUGCUAGGCUUUCAAGUCUUUGGUGUCUGGCCAGAAGGAUCUGAUGGAACAGACAUCAAUGCCCUGGUGCGAUCCCACAACAGAAAGGUGAUCGCUGUCGCUGAUGACUUUUGCAAAGUCCAUCUGUUUCAGUAUCCAUGCUCCAAAGCAAAGGCUCCUAGUCACAAGUACAGUGCCCACAGCAGCCAUGUCACCAACGUCAGUUUUACUCAUAAUGACAGUCAUCUGAUUUCAACUGGUGGAAAAGACAUGAGCAUCAUUCAGUGGAAACUUGUGGAAAAGUUACCUUUGCCUCAGAACGAGACUGCAGUGGAUACCGCUCUAACCAAAGUCCCCCCCUCUUCUACGGAAAGUACCAUCCAGCCUCAUUCUCCUCUGCUGCCCGCCCCCCAGCCCUUACCCAUGACGGCUGAAGAGGAAAGUAGAAUAAGCAGUAAUUCUCCCACACCUCUGGAGAAUAGCCUGGAACAGACGGUGCAGCCCAGUGAAGAGCCCAGUGAGGAGCAGAGUGAAGGGGGCAGUGAAGAGCUCGGUGAGCCCUUGGAUGAAGAGCCAGCCACUGAGGUGAGUGAGGAGCAGGGGGAAGCUCCUCUCCCCGAGGACCAGCAGGACUCUCCAGCCCUGUCCUAACGCCGUGGCUUCAGGGCGGCUGUUCUUCGGCUGCAUGCAACUCUGUGAUGAAGCUGGUAACAGGAAUGGGCAGUGAUGAUUCGAGAUUUUGGUUUCCAUGCACUCUGUUUUCUUCAGUAGUCUUUAUCUCCAGUCUCUCAAAUGCAAUCUAAGGGUUCAUUUGGUGUGUGUUAAUAAUUAACCAAACGGAAUAGGAGAUGACUGAAACAUUAUGUCUCAGAAAUUGCUGUGUAGUAAGCGGUGUCAUGUAAAUACUGGAAACAGAAACAGCAGUUGUAUGGAUUAAAAAUCAACCCUCUUGUUAUCGGAACCUGUGUUCUUCAGAACAACCAGAGGCAUCGCAAACACUGCCACUCAUCUGCUGGCUCAGGCUGUCGUUCUUUUUUCCUGAUACAGAAACCAGAAGGAAAAAACGCUCUUAGUGAAAUAUUCUCCCACUCCAGAUGUCUAAUGAAAAUUUUCUGAUAGACUAUUGCCAAGUACAAUGGUGUUGCCUUCUAGAAUAAUGCCGUUUCCUUUACACUACCAGUAGAUGUCCAGGUGUGCUUCUUAGACCACUAUCUAGGUGCUGCCUUUUCCAAGUCAUGAGGAUCAGUCCCUUAAUUUGUUGGGUGAGAAUCUGUUUUAUCCUAGAACUAAGACAGCAUCAGUUUGUUGGAGAGCUUUCACUGUAUAUUAAACCACUGACAGAGAGGACGGAUUCCUCCAGGGAGUCCCUCACUGGCCUCAACAUUCUCAAAUGUUUAAAAGAUUUAAAAAAAAAAAAAAAAAAACCACAUGCCUUUAAAACCAAACUGUAAUAUUACCUGGCUAAUUUUAACUUAGCCUUCAUCAUAAUUUGUUCCCUUAAUAAUAGGAGAAAUAUAAAUAUAGGAAGUUAAAUGAUUGAAUUGGUGCUUGAAAUUUGUUUAGUUGUAAUUUUUAUACAAAUUAUACUAAAGGGUAAGAUAUUCAGCAAAUUGCAAAUUUUUUUACAGAAGUGUGAAUAACAGUCACAGUAAUUUUUAUAAAUUGCAUUCUUAACAGACUUGCUAUAUAGUCAUUUCCUUCUGGUGCAGUUGCUUGUAAGCCUUGGCAAGUGUCAUGUGACUAUCUUCUGCUAUUUUGAGCAAUGCAUGUGUUAUGUGUUGCAAGGUUGGGUUUUUUUUUUUCUUUAAUGUUUUGCCAGAAAACCAUGUCUAAGUACUUGUUUCGUACUUUAAAAAUAAUUACUGACAAAUAUGCAUUUCCUAUAUAUUUGUUUAUAUACUGGUUACAAAAAUUUUUUGUUUUAUUUUUAAACUUGCUGCAUUGUUUUAAUAACUUUGUUUUUUGGUUGGAUCAUGUUUAGAAACUUUGGAUGAAUUCAGAAGUCUUAAGUAUGCAAGUGUUUACGUGAUUGUGCCAUUCCAAAGUGCAUCAGAACUGUCAUUCCCUUCUAGUUUCUUCUCAGGAGUAACACAUAUCAGGUAUUUCACCAUCGUUUGGUAAUAUGAAAACUCCAGUGAACUCCCAAGGACACUUACAGCAUUUAUAUUCACACGCUAUGUGGAAGGGUGUAGGUAUGUGUGAAGGGGCGAGUGAAGACACUUCCUGUGUUUGUGUGUAUCUCAGUAAGAAGAUAUGCACCACAUUGAAAAUACUCAGUGUCAAUCUCUUUAUAUGUUUAGGUAUAUGUCUGUGUAUAUCUCUUUUCUUUUGUUUACAACUGUUCAAAAAAGAAACCUCAAACUAGUUCUCUUCAAAAGAGAUACAGCUUCCAAGCAACCCAGUUUUUGUCGGUAUGUUCUGUACAUAGUUAACAGAGAGCACCAAACAAUAAAUAUCAGGCAUAUAUCCACCUAUUAGCAGUGAGGAUAAAGUCAAGGUCAGCACGUGCUGUUCCCUGCAAGGAAAAUACAAAGAAAGAGCAUCUGUUUAAGUAGCUGGGGAAUACAGCUCUCCCCAGUCAGCAGGGAGUUUGUUUUGGGACAUCAGUCUCCUUUGGGUUGCCAUGGACAAUCAGAUACAUAAUCAUGAUACUCUUGGGUGGUAGUUUCAAAAGACACUACUAAUACGUAGAAAGCAUUCCAGCUAUCGAAUGCUGGUAACUACUGUUUAAUUGUCAGUUAAAUCUGUGAUAAUGGUUGGAAGUGGGUGGGACUAUGAAAUUUUAGUGGUUCUUAGAAAAACUUGUGAAUGAAAAUGAAUCCAAGUGUUUCAUGUGAAGAUGUUGAGCCAUUUCUAUCAUGCAUUCCUGUGUCAUGGCAGAAAAUUUUGAAGAUUAAAAUAAAAUAAUCAAAAGGUU